GGCAGGCCUACUUCCGGGGUCCUGCGGGAGCGGCUUUGUUAGUGACAGCAUGGCGGCGUCCAGGCGCGGGCAGGUGAUGUCCCUGUACAAGCUGCUGCUGCGGGGGGGCGCGGAGUUCCCGUCCUACAACUACCGGACCUACGCGCUGCGGCGGGUCCGUGAUGCCUUCAGGGCCAACAGGAAGGUGGAGGAUCCUGAAACUGUGCAGAGACUGAUGGGGGAGGGAGAGCAGAUGCUGGCGCUGAUACAGAGACAGGUUUCCAUCGGGAAGAUGUACGAGACCCAGAAGACCGUGGUGGAGUAGAGGAGGAGGAGGAGGAGGAGGAGGAAGAGAUGGAGGAGGAAGAAGAGAUG